AUGAUCUCUUACAAUGCCCGCAACCAGAGAAUAGAAGCCUGGGUCAAUGCGGCUGCUGGUGAAAGCGAAGAUGCAGCCCCUACGGAUCCAGAAGCCCGCGACCUGCACGACCAGGAAAAGGCACAGCGCAUCGAGCAUGAGGAUUUAUGUCGCGAAAACAAGCAGACGUACAGAGGUGUUGUGUUAUUAUGGCUCGCCUGGCAAAGCGCUGGUGUCGUCUAUGGCGACAUCGGCACCAGCCCUCUCUAUGUUUUCAGCUCGACCUUUACCGAACAGCCGUCAUGGCACGACCUUGUGGGCGCCCUUUCAAUCAUUAUAUGGUCCCUCACUCUCAUCGUGACGGUUAAAUAUUGCUUUAUUGUGUUAUCAGCCGAUGAUGACGGACAAGGAGGCACCUUUGCCCUAUACUCGCUACUUUCUCGAUACGCCAAUAUCGCUCGUACCGACCCUAAUGGCCCAGAGAGAAUCGUCGUGCGCCUCGAUCGUGAAACGGGCGCUGAACUGGCACCAGCCGGGAGAAUGGCCCGCGAUUUUCUGGAAAGAAGCCGAGUUGCUCAAAGCGUCCUGAAGGUCGUUGGUGUUUUGGGAGUUUCCAUGGUUGUAGCCGACAGUAUCUUGACGCCCGCCCAGUCUGUUUUGGGAGCUGUCCAAGGAAUCCAGGUCAUCAGGCCCGAUCUCGGUAGGCCUGCUAUCGUGGGAAUAUCUUGCGCGAUCCUUGUCGCGCUUUUCGGAUUGCAGUUCUUCGGCACUUCUAAAAUCGGCACCUCUUUUGCCCCUGUCGUCGUUAUCUGGCUUCUCUACAACUUGUCCAUCAGCAUAUAUAACCUCAUUCAGUACGAUCAUACCGUGCUUAAGGCCUUCAGUCCUCAUUACGCUUUCCUAUAUCUUAUACGAAAUGAAGCUCGCGGCUGGAAGUCACUAGGCGGACUACUUCUUGCGUUUACUGGUGUCGAAUCACUCUUUGCAGAUCUCGGUGCUUUUGGAAAGCGAGCAAUCCAGCUGUCUUGGUUGUGCCUGGCCUUUCCAUGCUUGCUAAUCACAUAUUGCGGCCAAGCAGCCUUCAUCUCACAGGACGAAACCGGACUGGCCUUCACGAAUCCCUUCUUCCGCACCGUGCCCGAGAGCACCCUGUACUUCAGUAUCAUCAUAGCUGUCCUUGCUGCUAUCGUUGCCAGUCAGGCUCUAAUCGUUUGUUCGUUUCAGCUCAUUUCUCAGCUCAUGAGACUCAGCUAUUUUCCUCAUAUAAAAACGGUCCACACCAGCCGUCGAUUCCACGAUCAGAUCUACAUGCCGCUUGCGAACUGGCUAUUGAUGAUCGGGACAGUGGUGGUGACGGCUGUCUAUAAUAAUACAACAAGCUUGGGACACGCUUACGGCGUCUGUGUCAUAAUUGUCACGUUUAUCACGACCUGUAUGGUAAGCUUGGUGGCGCUUAUCAUCUGGCGAAUCCAGUCACUCAUCGUCUUGCUGGGCUUUUUGAUCUUUAUACUGCUCGACGGUAUAUAUCUAAUCGCAGCAUUGAAUAAGGUUCCCGAUGGUGGUUGGUUUGCGUUGGUUUUGUCCUUCAUUCUAAGUACCUUUUUCAUACUUUGGCGAUGGGGCAAGGAACAGCAAUGGGAAGCAGAGCAGCGGGAUAUGGUUGAUCCUUCGGAAUUCAUCGUAUCCUCCCGAAGCACUUCACGAAACAACUCGAUUGCCAGAGGCAUAACUGGCGAUGGCUCGAUGCGGUCAAUACGAUUCAGGCUUCAACCGGAGUUUGGAGGUGGGCAGGUGAUGACAGCCCCGGGCAUCGGCAUCUUCUUCGAUAAAGUUGGAGGCACUGGAGACCAUAUUCCCAAAGUCUUCACACAGUUCAUCCGGAAGUUCCAAACGCGACCGCAGGUUAUCGUCUUCUUCCACAUGCGAUCAUUGUCGCAGCCCACAGUGCCAUAUGACCAGCGCUUCGUUAUUGCCCGAGUCACGACCAAGAUUCCCUCGUGUUACCGAAUUGUACUCCGACAUGGCUACAUGGAUGACAUUCUCACGCCCAAUUUGGCAGCAAUUAUUGUUAACGAGUUAAUGACCUUUAUCACGAGAGGGCCAUUCCCGCCUGAUGAGAAUGACAUGCCCCCGGAGUUUCGAGGUGAGCUAGAAGCGCUUCGAGCUGCUGAGGAAGCACAGACUGUCUAUCUCAUGGGCAAGCAAACCAUGCGGGUGCAAGAAGAGGAGAAGAUGGGAUUCACCAAGCUUCUUCGGCGGAUAGCAUUGGAAGCAUUCUUGUGGGUUCGUGAGAACUCACGAACCAAGCUCGCCAAUUUGAACAUCAACCCAGAUAAUCUGGUUGAGGUGGGUUUUGUAAAGGAAAUUUAA